UCAGAUAGCAAAUUUAGUAAAUCUUAGCUCGACUCGACAUUUAUAUCGCGUUACGGCAGAGUGUAGUUUAGAGUUGCAUGGCAAGUACAACUGUUUCUUAGGUCACCCGAUAUAUUGCCGUUUCGUGCGACAAGAUGGAUACUCAAUGUGUGUCAAAAGUAGAGCUUUCCAUCUCAUGCAGCAAUCUCCUCGACAAAGACGUUGGAUCCAAGUCCGACCCCCUCUGCGUGAUGCUGCAGAGCAUCGGGGAUGACAAGUGGACCGAGUUGGACCGCACGGAGAGGGUGAAGAACUGCCAGGACCCUGAGUUCUCCAAGAAGCUGCUCCUGGACUACCACUUUGAGAAAGUGCAGACGUUGAAGCUGGGUGUCUAUGACAUAGACAACAAGUCUGUUCAUCUGAAUGAUGAUGACUUCCUGGGGGGUUUUGAGUGCACACUGGGACAGAUUGUGUCCAGCAAGAAGCUUACCAGACCUCUACAAAUGAAGAAGGGUAAGCCUGCAGGCAAAGGCACCAUUACUAUUACUGCUGAGGAGAUAAAGGAUAACAGGGACAUAGUGCUGGAGUUGGAGGCUAAAGGCCUGGAUAAGAAGGACUUGUUUGGGAAAUCUGAUCCAUUCCUAGAGUUCUUUAAGCAAGAAGAUGAUGGCAAGUGGCAGCUGGUUCACAGAACAGAGGUUAUCAAGAAUAAUCUGAGUCCAUCAUGGAAGAAAUUCAGUGUGGCUUUGCAAACAUUCUGCAAUUGUGACAUGAGCAAACCAAUCAAGGUCCACUGCUCUGAUUAUGAUAGUGAUGGCUCGCAUGAACUUAUCGGUGUUUUCCAAACUAAUGUGUCGGAGCUACAGAAAGCUGGUUUGCCGGUGGAGUUUGACUGUGUCCAUCCAGAGAAGCAGAAGAAGAAGAAGAGUUACAAAAACUCUGGAAUAAUCAGUGUCAAGUGCUGCCAGAUACAGGCACGGUACACAUUCCUGGACUAUGUCAUGGGAGGUUGCCAAAUAAAUUUUACGGUGGGCAUUGACUUCACUGGGUCGAACGGCGACCCUCGAUCCCCACAGUCCCUGCAUUACCUGAGUCCUGACGGUCUGAACCAGUACCUGGCGGCCACCUGGUCAGUGGGCCUGGUGGUCCAGGACUAUGACACUGACAAACUCUUCCCUGCCUUUGGAUUUGGAGCUCAAGUGCCCCCAGAAUUCAAGGUAUCCCAUGAAUUUGCACUGAACUUCAACCCAAGUAAUCCUUACUGUCAAGGGGUCCAGGGGAUUGUGGAGGCCUACCGCAUGGCCCUACCUCAGGUGAAGCUCUACGGUCCCACCAACUUCUCCCCCAUCAUCAACCACGUGGCAGGCAUCGCGUCAGGGGCGGCACAGCAGAACAACGCAUCGCAAUACUUUGUCCUGCUCAUCAUCACCGAUGGGGAGAUCACGGACAUGGACCAGACCCGGGACGCUAUCGUCAAGGCCUCACGCCUGCCCAUGUCCAUCAUCAUCAUCGGGGUGGGCGAAGCCAACUUCAAGGCAAUGGAGCUGCUAGAUGGAGAUGAAGGCAUACUCAAGUCCCUGAGUGGCGAACCCGUGGCCAGGGACAUUGUACAGUUUGUGCCCUUCAGACAGUUUGCCAAUGAACCUAAGGAAGCCCUCGCCCAGAGCGUCUUGGCUGAAGUGCCAAAUCAACUCGUGUCCUACUUCAAGAUGCUGAAACUAGAUCCAGUCAAUGUUGCUGCCCUCAAGGCUUAGUGGAGCAAGCAGAACUGCAGCGCUUCCCCCUCCUAGCCACACGAGGGCGCCAACACACCACACAGGGAAAUGAGUAGGCCCACUAUCAGAAGUGUAAAUCACAUCCUGGAAUUACUGUGUCAAUGCUCAUUGUGCCUUUUUGAUACCAAUUAUGACCACAUGUAACUGUAUUUUCUAUUUUAUUUUCUACAAUCAUAGAUAUUUCUUAUUCUUUUCUGCUUCAGAUAUUCUUCUUUCAUUCCUCUGAGUCUGGAAUUAACAAGGAGUUCAACAAUGGUGAUGAUCCAAAAUUGGGGAAAAGGAGGGCUUUAAUGCAUUUCAUGAAAUGCACCUUCAAAACAUUUGAUGGAAUAAAGUAGGCUACUCGCGCAACAAGAAA